GACAAACCGUCACAAACGAUCAAGCUGUUGUUCUAUCAGAGAGAGCUUGAAUCUUCUUAAAAGGACUCGCGAUUUUAGCUUGAAUAUUCAUUCGCGUAAAUUGUAUUGUUUUUUUUUCCUUCUUUCACCAACGACAAUGGAUCAUCUCUAUCUCUGGAAAAGCCUACAAUGCCUCCUCGCCCCUUAGGGAACUUUCCCCUCAGUUUAUGGGGAGAUCGAUUCUCCGCAUUUACUUUAGAUACCCAGUUACUAGGAAAAUGCAGUAAAGAGGUUGAAGUGUUGAAGGAAGAAGUGAAGGAUAUGCUAGUACUAGAUCAUGACGAUGUUGGAGGUGGUAAAUCAGGAGCAGAGAAGAUGGUUCUGAUCGAUGCACUUGAACGCCAUGGUGUUUCCUACCUCUUCCAGAAAGAGAUUGAAGAGCUUUUGGAGAACAUGUUUCCAAAGUAUGAGGAAUAUUAUAGUCAUGUUUUCCAUGAUAAUUUGUUCAUGGUGUCACUUCACUUUCGAGUUUUUAGGCAACAUGGCUAUGACUUGUCUUCCAGUAAGCAACCCUUUUUAUAGUUAAAGAAGAAAAACGAUCCAAUGACAUAUAGAGUAUUGUAAGUUUCUUAAAGCUAGAAACCAUUUUUUGGAUCAAAA